AUGGGAUGUAUACAUGGAAUAUUGAGACAAAGGAAGUUUGCAAAAGUUGGAGCUGCCGAUACCAAAAGUGCCAGACCAAAGGAUCUGAGCGACGCUCAGAAAGCUGCGAUAAGGAAUAACUGGAAUAUCUUGAAAUCACAAGUCGCUAAUAUUGGAGUAUUUACUUUUAUAGGUAUGUUUGAGAGUAGACCAGAACUGAAAGAAACAUUUGCCACAUUUAAAGACAAAAAUGUCGACGAGUUACAGUACACAGGACUUUUACGAAACCAUGCUUUGAGAGUGAUGACUACUAUUGAUAAGUGUAUAUCACGCCUUGAUCAACCAUCUAGUAUGAUCUCAACACUUCGAAAGAUAGGUGUUCACCACACGCUCUACAAAGUGCCUGUCGAAUAUUUGGAGGUUUGA